AUGUCCCAGCCUCAUCUCCUCAGCAUCGUGUUGCUGCUGCUCCUCUGCUGCCAGAGCCCCUCUGCCCAGAUCACAGAUUUCCUCUUCGAGAGCUGGAAGGCAUACAGCGAGGAGUGCCACCGCAACAUGAGCCGCCUGCCUGCGCCCACGGAGCUGGUCUGUAACCGCACCUUCGACAAGUUCUCCUGCUGGCCCGACACGCUGCCCAACAGCACCGCCAGCGUCCCCUGCCCCUGGUUCCUGCCCUGGCACCAGAAAGUGAAGCACCGACACGUCUUCAAGACCUGCGGGCCGGACGGGCAGUGGGUGACAGGCCCCCAGGGACAGUCCCUGCGUGAUGCCACACAGUGUAAGCUUGAUGCCGAGGACCUGGAGGCACAGGAAAAAUUUGCCAAGACCUACGGCAGCUUCAAGGUGAUGUACACUGUGGGCUACUCGGUGUCACUGUGUGCGCUGCUCCUUGCCCUGGCCCUGCUGCUGGGCUUCAGCAAGCUGCACUGCAUGAGGAACUACAUCCACAUGAACCUCUUUGCCUCCUUCAUCCUGAAGGGUGUCUCCGUGCUGGUCAUUGACGCCCUGCUCAAGACCCACUACAGUGACAAGAUUGACGACUACAACGUGCACAUCUGGCUGAGCGAUGAGGCGUCUGGGGGCUCCGGGGCAGCCACCGUCUUCAUGCAGUACGGCAUCGUGGCCAACUACUGCUGGCUGCUGGUGGAGGGCAUCUACUUGCACAACCUCCUGGUGGUGGCUGUCUUCUCUGAGAGGAGCUACUUCACCCUCUACCUGUGCAUUGGCUGGGGGGCACCUGUGCUGUUCCUUAUCCCCUGGGUCAUCGUCAAGUUCCUCUACGAAAACAUCCAGUGCUGGACCACCAACAACAACAUGGGCAUCUGGUGGAUCCUUCGCUUCCCUGUGUUCCUGGCCAUCCUGAUCAACUUCUUCAUCUUCAUCCGCAUCAUCCAGAUCCUGGUCUCCAAGCUCCGAGCCCACCAGAUGCGCUACACUGACUACAAGUUCAGGCUGGCCAAGUCCACACUGACACUGAUCCCGCUGCUGGGCAUCCACGAGGUGGUUUUUGCCUUCAUCACAGACGAGCAUGCCCAGGGGACCCUCCGCUACGUUAAGCUCUUCUUCGACCUCUUCCUGAGCUCAUUCCAGGGGAUGCUGGUGGCCAUUCUGUACUGCUUUGUCAACAAGGAGGUGCAGGCGGAGCUGCUGAAGCGGUGGCAGCGCUGGAAGCUGGGGAAGGACCUGGCAGAGGAGUACAAGCACACCUACAGCCACGCACCCAGCGCCCGCAAUGGCGAAGCUUCAGAACCAGCCCCAAAGCUGACUGGCUCUCCCGUGGGCAUUGGGAAGAAGUACAGAGAGAAGGAAAUCAACACAAAAAUCUCAAAUUAA